AUGGGCUGGUUUGAUGGAAGAUCGACUUCGUCAUCUCGCCAUGCUCGUCGACGCUCCCCAUCCCGUCGAUCUGUCUAUUCGACUUCGCACUCUCGCCAUUCGGCGCCAUCAAUUUUCAGCCUAGGUGGCUACAGUCGUGCUGGUCGUUCAAGCCCAUCCGUGCUGUCCUCGUCAUCGUCGAGACGCGCACGGCCUCGAGCUGGGUUUAUCCAGCGCGUGAUCCACUAUAUCAAGCGGCUCUUCCGCGACAUCUACAACUAUGCGCGCCGUCACCCUGCAAAGGUCUUGUUCAUGGUCAUCAUCCCUCUGCUCACGAGUGGCGUACUGCAGAAACUGCUGGCCAUUAUCGGUAUCCGCCUACCGCAUAGCCUGAGUGGUCACUCCUCCGGUGCAGGAAGGGUCGGCGAGGGUGGCAUGAAUGACAACCUCAAUGGACUCAUGAACAUCGCUAAAAUGUUCCUGUAG